AUGGAAAUUCAAGAGAAAGAUAUUGAGAAAAUAAUUAAGAAUAAAAUAGGAAUACCACUGCCCGAAAUCAAAUUCGGUAAACCUUAUCAACUAAAUGGUCAAAAACGAAAAAAAGUUUUUCUAAAUUUUAAAGAAGAAAAAAGAGUUAAUGAAUUAAUGAAGAAUCCAAUCAUUAAAUAUAAUAAUCAAGAACAUCAAAUAUCACGACAUAAUCCAAAAGAAAUUCCAUUAUCUGGUCAAAUGACUUGUUAUUUAUUAAUUAAAAUAUCUAAAAUAGAAGAUGAAAAUGGUUUUAGAAAAAAACUUACUGAAUAUGAUUUAAAUGAAUAUUUUCGAAAAUUUGGUAAAAUAAUUUCUUAUCAAAAAGAAAAUGAUAAUGAAAUAAUUCUUCAAUUCGAAAAUUAUGAUAUUGUUGAUCAAAUUAUUCUAAGUAAUAUAUCACAUACAAUCAAUGGAAUAAAUAUUCAGAUUGAAAAAACUCGAUCUAUUGAAAAUGUUAAUAAGGAUGAUAUUGAUCAAUGUCCGUAUUGUAUUCAUGUAACUAAUAUGCCAAGUGAUAUAACAAGUGAAGAAUUAUCGUUAUUAUUUGAUGUUCAUGUUGCCGAUAUUAUUUUACAACCAGAAUAUUCACUUAAUGAAUAUCUAGUAAAAGAUGAUCAAUUAAAUAGUCAAGCAUGGAUUAAAAAUAUCGAUAAAGAACAAAAUAUACGAUAUUUAGCCAUAAAAAAAUCUCAAACAAAUUUACGUGGAUUUCAAAUUCAUUGUAAUGUUAUCAAUAAACCAAUCUAUCAGUUUGAAUUAUGUAGAAAUUUUGAACUAGGAAAAUGUGAAUUUUCUUCACAAACAUGUAAUUAUAAACAUAUUAUUUGUAAUCAACCGAAUACAUGCGAUAAUAAUCAAUGUCAUUAUGGUCAUAGUAAAAAAAGACAAAUUAUAUCGAAUAAACAAAACAUAGAAUAUUGUGAAAAAGACCUUUAUCGUGUAAGAAUUAGUAAUCUUCCAUUAAAUACAAGUAAAGAAGAAUUACAAAAACGAUUAAAUAUAUCAGAAAAACAAUUUUCACAUCUUAUUUUAUCUAAAGAUGAAAAUCAAAAUGCAUCAUCAUCAAUGGUUGCAUAUUUUAUCUGUCAACGAUCAGAAUAUUAUAUUCGAAAUAAAAUUCGAGAAUGGCAUAAUAGUUCAUAUUCUGAAUCUAUAUCCAAUAAAAUAAAAUGUCAAUUAGAGAUCAACGUCGAUUUUCAUGAUUGGGAGGAUAAAAAUCAAAGUUCAUCAUCAUCAUCAAUUCGAAUGAUAAAUGAUAAUAAUCAAUCAACAUAUGCACCUUGGUAUCAACGAGAAAAAGAAUUCCAAAUUGAACAAUCAAAUAAUGAUAAUAAUAAAGAUUCGAAAAAGAAAAAUUUAGUAAAAAAUUAUAUUAAAAUUCCAAUUGAUCUGAGUGAAGUUAUCUCUCAAUGGAAUUGGACGAAUGAAAUUCUCUCAGAUGAUCCAACCGGUACAGGUACAAUAUAUUCUCUUGUUAAUAAAAAAAAUUCCAAUAUUAAACAAGUUAUCAAAAUCUAUAAGAAUAACAAUAAUAAAUUAUUAAAUCAACAAUGUUUACAACAUCUAGAAAUCAUCUUAGAUAAGAUUAAAAGUAUUAAUGGAGUACCAAAAUUUGUCAAAAGUAAUAUAAAUAAUAAAUCAAAUGAUCCUUGGAUUAUAAUGGAAAAUAUCAUAGGUAUUACACUAUAUGAUUUUACCAAAACAACGAGAGUAGAUUUUCAAAGUGCAUUAAUAAUUACUUUGAAACUUCUUAAUAUAAUUUCAUCAAUUAAAGAAAAUAAUCAAAGAGAAUAUUCAUUUGAUAAUGUAGAUUUAAUAUUAAUUGAUUUUGAUAUAGCUUAUUGCGAUCAAAAAGCUAAUGAACAUAAACAACAUUUAAAUGAUUUUAUUAAUUGUAAAAAUGUUCAACCAAAUCAGAUAUUCUAUCGUAUUUCUCAAAUCGAAAGAGAUAAUAUCGAUAAAAACGAACAAAAUAAUUUAUCUUAUCUUCGAACCUUUGAUAUAAGUCAUAUAUGUGCUAUUCUUUUCUGGUUAAUUACAAAAUCUUAUCCAGGAACACCAAAAGAUAUUAAUGGAAAACAACCGCAUAAACUAAAAGAUAAUAUUAAAAUUAUUGAAGAAGAAUUGAAAAAAGCAACAGGAAUAUGGACAGGAACAGAAAAAUGUACUCCAUUAGAAAGACAUCUUAAUUUAAUAUUUGAUUGUGGAUUUUCAGAUCCUAAACAACAAUGGAAUAUUGAAGAACUUGAAUAUCAACUUCAAUUUAUGCUUCAAUUGAUAAAGAAAAAUAAUGAAGAAGACAAAUCCUAUUUGACAUCAUCAAUAAACAAACAAACAGAAUUAUUAAUAUGUACUCCAAAGAAUGAUUCUUUUCCUCAAUUAGUAUUCUUAAUUGAUUGGCUUAAACAAGAAUUUGAAAAACAUUCUGAAAAUCUUCAUUGGUCACCAAAUAAUAAACAAAGUCAAUGGUCAGGAAACAAUCGACAUAUUGAAAAUUACGAUAUACUUCAUUUUCAAAAAGAACAAUUUAAAAUUUCUUUUGAAAUAAAAUGGAAUGUAACAAUCAAUAACAAUAAUGAACUUCAUAUGAUCAUUAAAGCUAAGAUAAACCAAACAAUUGUUAUUCAAUUACCAUUAGGCAUUUGGCAACAAUAUCAUAAAGAUAAUAUUAAACAAGAUAUACUUAAAAAUGUUCAAAUUCAAUUAAACAAUUUACUUGAUUUAUUAUAUUAUAAGGAAAAAAACAUCUAA